AUGCGUGUAGUCCUUGUGAGCGGCGGUGUCAUAUCUGGCGUGGGAAAGGUAGUUCUGGUCUUCUUCUCAAAACCCUCGGCCUUCGAGUCACCGCAUGGAGAAUGCUUCGUUCUUGCGGACGGCGGAGAGACAGAUCUCGACCUCGGCAACUACGAACGGUAUCUCGGCAUUCAGCUUAGUAACGAGAGCAACAUGACCACUGGCAAAAUCUACAAGCUCGUCCUCGAUAAAGAAAGACGAGGCGAUUACCUGGGAAAGACUGUCCAGGUUGUUCCUCAUAUCACAGAUGCGAUGCAAGAAUGGAUCGAAAGAGUCGCCAAAAUUCCGGUAGACGACUCCGGAGAGGAACCUGAUGUCUGUAUUAUCGAGCUGGGUGGUACUGUCGGAGACAUUGAAUCUGCCCCCUUCAUUGAGGCCUUGGUGCAACUUAGACACAGACUCGGUCGAGAAAAUUUCUUCAGCAUCGCAGUGUCAUAUGUACCCAUUAUCAACGGGGAGGAGAAGACCAAGCCAACACAACACGCUAUCAAACAAAUGCGAAUGGCUGGGUUGAUUCCCGACAUGGUUGCUUGUCGUUGCGAACGGGAACUUGACGACGGGACAAUCCAGAAAAUCGCUCGAAGCUGUCAAGUCGAAUACGAGCAAGUCAUUGGCGUUAGAGACAUGGAGACCAUCUACCAGGUUCCUCUACUUCUUGAGCAAGAAGGUCUGUUGAAACAGCUGCGAAAGGGUUUGGCUCUCGACAACACUACUUUGCCACCAGCCAGAGUCCAGAAGGGGCAAGCCCUGUGGGACAUCUGGACCAAAACCGUCAGCCCCAAGCAUCAUCUCCAGCCCGUUAAUAUCGCCCUGGUUGGAAAGUAUGUGACUCUCGAUGACGCAUAUCUCAGCGUGCAUAAGGCGCUUGAACACUCAGCUAUGCGAUGCGGUCGUAAGCUGAACCUGGUUUCGGUGGAUUCCGAGCACCUCGAGCACGACAUGCAGCAGAAGGACCCCACCAAGUACCACAACGCUUGGAAGGCUCUUUGCGAAGCUGAAGGAAUUAUAGUCCCUGGCGGUUUCGGCUCUAGGGGAGUGGAAGGCAUGAUUGAAACCACAAAGUGGGCUCGAGAACGCAAAGUUCCGUUCCUUGGAAUCUGCCUCGGUUUACAGGUUGCAGUUAUGGAGUACGCCCGCAAUAUUAUGGGAUUAAAAGAUGCUACGUCUGAAGAAAUAUCUGCCCAUGCGGAGCAUCGCGUCAUCAUUUUCAUGCCAGAAGGGUCCAAGGAGCAAAUGGGCGGAACGAUGAGACUUGGCACUCGAACGUCUCACUUCAAGCCAGGGACGGAGUGGAGUAAGCUUCGCGCCAUGUACGGUGGCGCUGACGUCGUUGAGGAGCGUCACCGACAUCGCUAUGAGGUCAAUCCCGAGUACAUUGAGGAUUUGGAGAAUGCUGGACUCAGCGUGACUUCACUUGAUGACCAAGGUGUGCGUGUCGAGACGAUUGAACUGAAGGAUCACCCUUUCUUUGUCGGACUGCAAGCACACCCCGAGUUCACUAGCAAAGUCCUCAGCCCUUCGCCUGCCUUGUUGGGAUUUGUAGCGGCCAGCGCUGGAUGUUUCAACGAGAUAUCUAAGGCGGCUCCGAAGAAGGAAUUGCUUGUCAACGGGGCUAGUGAUGCGUCAUUCUAA